CGCGCGCAUGCGCAUUUCAUUCUGAAAAUGGCGGCCGUACAGGGUGGUAUGGUCGACGCGAAAGACGAAGCGGACAUUAAAACAGAACCGGCGAGCGAUGGCUUCGGAAAUAAUCACGCCAACGACUCAAGACUGCUCUCCGAGUCCCCCGGCUCCAGCGCCGCGGCUGGAAACAGCAAACCGGCGGCGGGAGCCCCCGAGGACCAGCAGACCCUGCUGGCUGUCCUGCAGUUCCUCAGAAAGAACAAACUGUCAGAGUCCGCGGAAAUUCUGCGUCGUGAGGCGGGAUUGCCGGAGGAGGUUCUGGAUCCGAAGGGGGCUGACUCCGCCGGUUCUGGGCUGGGAGGCAGCGCGGACGUAGAUGGCGGGGAUGCGAGCGCUUUACUCAGCCGGGUGACCGUCCCUGCCCCCGGCGGAGCGAAGGCGCCAACCAAAGCAGCUGGGGAGGAUCAGCCGGACGUGAACGUGGUGCUGUCGGCCUACAGCCAGCAGGGAGAUCCAGCUCUCUAUCAGGUUUACUACAACGGUCUGAAGAAGUUCAUCGAGUCGGUUCUGGACUGCCACAGAGCGGAGCUGUCGCAGGUCUUCUACCCUCUGUUUGUCCACAUGUACCUGGAACUGGUCUACAACAACCACGAAAGUGAGGCCAAGGCCUUCUUUGAACGGUUCAGUGGGGACCAGGAGUGCUACUACGAAGACGACCUGCGCAUUUUGUCCGGCCUGACGAAGAAGGAGCACAUGCGAGGGAACGAAACUCUGCUGGACUUCCGCACCAGCAAGUUCGUCCUGCGCAUCUCCCGCGACUCCUACCAGCUGCUGAAGAGGCACCUGCAGGAGCGCCAGAACAACCAGAUAUGGAACAUAAUCCAAGAGCACCUCUACAUCGACAUCUUCGACGGCAUGCCGCGCAGCAAGAGCCAGAUCGACGCCAUGUCGGGCAGCUUGGCCGGAGAGGCCAAGCGAGAAGCGAACAAGGCCAAGGUUUACUACGGCCUGCUGAAGGAGCCAGAAAUCGAGCUCCCCCUAGACGACGAGGACGAGGAGGCGGAGAACGAGGAGGGUAAACCCAAGAAGAAAAAGCCCAAAAAGGACAGCGCCGGCUCCAAAAGCAAGAAGCAGGAUCCAAACGCUCCUUCGCAGACCAGGAUACCUCUACCAGAACUCAAAGACUCGGACAAGCUGGACAAAAUCAUGUACAUGAAGGAGUCCACCAAGAGAAUCCGCUUGGGACCAGACAACCUCCCCUCCAUCUGCUUCUACACUUUUCUCAACGCAUACCAGGGUCUAACGGCAGUGGACGUUACGGACGACUCCAGCCUGAUUGCAGGGGGCUUUGCGGACUCCACGGUGCGGGUGUGGAGCGUCACGCCCAAGAAGCUCCGCAAGGUCAAGACCGCCGCAGACUUGAAUCUGAUCGACAAAGAGUCGGACGACGUGCUCGAGAGGAUCAUGGACGAUAAGACAGCCAGCGAGUCGAAGUGCCUCUACGGGCACACCGGACCGGUGUACGGCAUCAGCUUCAGCCCAGACAGAAACUACCUGUUGUCGAGCUCUGAAGACGGCAGCGUGCGGCUGUGGAGCCUUCUGACCUUCACCUGUCUGGUGGGCUACAAAGGCCACAACUACCCGGUGUGGGACACGCAGUUCUCCCCGUACGGCUACUAUUUUGUCUCGGGGGGACACGACCGGGUCGCACGCUUGUGGGCGACGGACCACCACCAGCCGCUGCGGAUAUUCGCCGGCCACCUGGCGGACGUCACCUGCAGUCGAUUCCACCCCAACGCAAACUACGUGGCCACGGGGUCGUCUGACCGCGCCAUCCGCCUGUGGGACGUCCUCACCGGGAACUGCGUCCGUAUCUUAACAGGCCACAAGGGUCCUGUUCACGCGCUGGCUUUCUCGCCUAAUGGGAAGUUUUUGGCCUCGGGAGCCACCGACGGGAGAGUCCUUCUGUGGGACAUCGGUCACGGCCUGAUGGUCGGCGAGCUCAAGGGCCACACGGACACCAUCUACUCCCUCAGAUUCAGCAGGGACGGAGAGAUCCUCGCCUCCGGUUCGAUGGACAACACGGUCCGCCUGUGGGAUGCCACGAAAGCCUUCGACGACCUGGAGACCGACGACUUCACCGCCGCCACGGGGCACAUCCACCUGCAGGAUAACUCCCAGGAGCUGUUGCUGGGCACCUACAUGACAAAGUCCACGCCUGUGAUACACCUUCACUUCACGCGGAGGAACCUGCUCCUGGCCGCGGGCGCUUAUAACCCGUAACGGCAUCGGACCGCGGGAGGGGUUCGGGAAUCAUGCGGAGCCUGACACGACGCACAUCUUUAACCUCGGAGUUGUACAAAAUAAACCACAUCAUCAGUUCAUUUUUUUUUUUCUCUCUCUCCCCCGGCUAACGGACAGAAUGAAGUAGUAACUGGUCGACAAAUCAGCUCGCCGGGACGAGGCUAACUGCUGCAGUUGUAAACUGCCCCACGGACCGCGUUUGUUUCUGUUUUUAUAAGUCACUGCCAUAACAUCAGUUUACCUCAAGACAUGGCGUUCAUCUUUGUAACAUAUUCUCUUUUCUACUGAUGCACACUGUAAAUAAAACAAAGUGUUUUCUAUG